UAAUUUGGCUCCCAUUUCGAAUCGCAAAAGCGAUGGAUGUGUGAUUUUUUGUAGAAAAUUUUAUUUUGUAACAUGUCAGACAGAAGAAAAAGUAAGAGAAGAUCUAGUUUAGCAGCCAGUAGGAUCCAACUUCAGUAUGAGAAGGCAAAAAUAAGUUCAUCUGGUGAUCUUUACAAGAUAAUAAGUCCAGACAAAACAGAUGAAGAACGUCUAGCUGCCCUACACAGAACAUGCUUAGAGUAUACACUGCAGAAGUUGGAGGAGGAAAAUCCAAACUUAGAAGGACUUGAAGAUUUAAAGAAAACAUUGUUGGACCAAGGACUUAGAAAGAUAUCUGAAUUAGAAGAAAAUGGAACUUUUAAACAAGCUUGUAACAAUGACAGAAUUUUGACAGAAAACCCCCAUAAUUUAGAAAUGGAUGAAAUAAUUGAAGCCUUAAUCAGCUACAACAAAAGACUGGAGGAAGAGUCAGACCAAUGGGAGAAGUUACUGAAAGAUUCCAAUAAAGUUGUGUUAGAAAUGGAAGCUCAGAAACCAGAUAAGUUAUCUCCUUUAACGUGGAAGGAUGUUGAUCAAGAAAAAGCUGCCCAGUAUUUACCUGAGCCUCUGGAUGUCAGCCUCUGUAACAGAUUGGAGAGAACCAUAGAGAACGUCAACAAAUCAGUAGAAAAAUUUGGCAACACAGUUUUGAUUGUUCAGAAUAUUCAAACCCUCUGUGAAAAAAUUCUGAAAGAAAAGUCGGAAAAACUCA